AUGUCAUCUGCCAACGUAGCUACCACGGAUACUCGAAGAAGGGGCACAACAGGGUGCCUGGUAUGUCGUCUCAGGGAAAAGAGAUGCGUGCGUCUUCCUGGGAGUCCUGCCUGUUCCGACUGUAACCGUUUCCGGGUACAGUGCCAUGGGCAUGUAGGAUCUAUCCCGUCCGAGAUGAAGCGCCACUAUUACUGCCAAGCCGCCCGAGAGGAGAUCCGAGAAGUCAUUAACGAUGUAGAGCCUCGUGCUACUCUCCAUCCAUUGCCCGCAACCCAGAGGUUUUCGAAUUUGCUGGAACAGGCAAGGAGGCUGAGUCUAGUCAAUGAUCUAGCCACCCAACAUCAGGAAGUCUCAUCCCAGUUCCAGAUUCGGCAGCAGAGUGAUGCGUUUACUCUUGCAGCGUCCGGAGUCAGCAGCUCUGCAACAAUGGAAUCGACUCCCGCUGAGUCUAUCCUCCAAUUCGACCCACUCCUUUUUGAUCCCUCUUCUGUACAUCCCAUACAUGAUUCCGUGAAUCUCGUCGAUGGCGCACCAGAUCGGGUGGUAUAUCUUAGUCCCACUGGCUCGGAGGGACCCAGCCAUCACUCAAGACCGUCGACACUACCCGCACAUCCCGAACCAGACGGGACCCCUCAAGAUAUUCACGUGGUCAUCGAGAGCUUGAGGCUGUUCUUACGAUACUGCGGAUACGAACUUGUUCGUAUCAGAUGA